AUGGGUUGCUUCGUGGACAAGGCUGCUCAGAUGGAUCCAGGCUUGAACCAUCGGAAAGAUUCUUAUUAUCCUAGGCUCUACGAAAUUUUGUGCGGCAAUCUAAAUGAAAUAACAGCCAGCUGCAGAUGUUCGCAGCAUUUGGCAACUAGAAUCCUGCACGAGCGCUGCAAUGGAAAGACGUUAAAUGAAAAAUACAUUACAUUUUACAUGUGCUUCCCAACAGAUCAUAAUCCAGAAUUGGAUAAAUGCGAAAAAAACCGGUCGGAUAGUUGUGCCGGUCUGGUCGAAACCCUGAAAUGCAAAGCGGCAGUCUAUGGGAUGCAGUGUCGAAAUGGUGCUGAGGCUUUUCGAGACAUAGUUUAUCGCAGGGCGUAUUACAACAUUUACGACUGGGAUGAGUGCCAGGACGACGUUAUCUAUGCCUUAAUGCCAGAAUAUGCAUCGAAGACGUUUGGGACGGCUUUUGGAGUGAUGAUCUGUGUGUGUAUGUUGAUCAUCGUUGGCAUGGGGGCCAUUCUUUAUCCAAGAAAACGCACGGCUGCUGCUGAUUAUCACCAGGACGUUGCCAUCAAUGGUGAAAAUCCG